AUUGCAAUGCCGUUCUUAAAGCUCUACAGCCCAUUUUUCAGGAGCAGGGAAUGACAGAAACAGUUCAUAACUGGGAAGACCAUGGUUAUUUAGCAACCUACAUCAAAAAAAAUGGCAGUUUUGCCAAUUUGAGAAUUCACCCUCAUGGGUUAGUGUUGGUGGAUCUGCAGAGCUACAAUGAUCAUGUGAAAGGACGAGAAGAAGUUGAUCAGCUUCUAAACAAAGUAGAAGAAAGAAUGAAAGAAUUGUUUCAUGGUAAAAUAAAAAGGGUGAAACGGUUGCCAGCCAUUUUGAGAGGAGGAGUCAUUGACAGAUACUGGCCCACAGCUGAUGGGCGCCUGGUGGAGUAUGACAUAGAUCAAGUUGUUUAUGAUGAAGAUUCACCUUUUCAGAAUAUUAAAAUUCUGCAUUCAAAACAGUUUGGGAAUAUUCUUAUUCUCAGUGGGGAUGUUAAUCUGGCAGAGAGUGACCUGGCAUAUACUCAAGCCAUAAUGGGCAGUGGAAAGGAAGACUACACUGGGAAAGAAGUGCUAAUCCUCGGAGGUGGUGAUGGAGGUAUAUUAUAUGAGAUAGUCAAACUGAAGCCAAAGAUGGUUACGAUGGUAGAGAUUGACCAAAUGGUGAUUGACGGGUGUAGAAAAUACAUGCGUAAAACAUGUGGAGAUGUCUUAGACAAUCUGAGAGGAGAGUGCUAUCAGGUUCUAAUUGAAGACUGUAUUCCCGUGCUGAAGAGGUAUGCCAAAGAAGGAAGAAUGUUUGAUUAUGUAAUUAAUGAUCUGACGGCUGUUCCAAUCUCCACAUCUCCAGAAGAAGAUUCCACAUGGGAAUUUCUGCGGUUGAUUCUUGACCUCUCAAUGAAAGUCCUGAAACAAGAUGGAAAAUACUUCACACAGGGAAAUUGUAUCAAUCUGACUGAUGCCUUGACUCUGUAUGAAGAACAACUUAGCAGACUUUAUUGUCCUGUGGAGUUUUCAAAAGAAACCGUGUGCGUUCCCUCCUACAUGGAAUUAUGGGUAUUCUACACUAUUUGGAAGAAACAAAUUGACAUCUGAACAUCAAGAUUAUUUGACAUUAUCCUAAAUGUACCAUGCUGCAUGGAGCGUAUAGGCCUGGCACGUGCUGCAUAUUGGCAUCUUGAACCUUUAAAUUACAUGCUGUAGAUGGUCCUGAAACUUAGUCAUGCUAUUGAUUGUGAAUUCUUUAAAUGUUUUUUUAUUAUUAUUUUAAUUUAAAGCAAAUGGAAAAUGUAUAUUUUGACAAGCUAGGGUGUUAUUUUUCAAAGUCAACUUAAAGAUGAAUAAGCAGCAAAACUAUAGCUGCUGACUGCACUGAACCUUUAGAAUGUGAUCCUUUUUAUUUUUGUAGAUCUUCACAAGCUGAUUGAUUAAAAAAAGACAUCUUUAGCAUUUCAUCCCUGAAGGGUGGUCCAUGGAGUUUUGUUGUUUUCGUUUUUCCAACAGAUUUUUCAUUUAUGGUGCUUUUUAAGGAUGGAGGGGGUUUUGAGUUUUGUUUGGGUUUUUUUUAAUGAACACUGCAGUGCUUCCAUAUAGAGAAGGGCAUAAUUAAAAAGUCAAAAAUCUUCUGAGAGGUUACCCCAAAUCCUUCAUUGUAAAGGGAAGAAAGACAGUGUUAGAUUUUAUUUACCCUAGUUCAGUUCAUCAUUGCUAUAAGCUCUGCUGCAGGAGAAAAAUCUUUGAACUUUCACCUUCUGGAAUUCUUCGGCUGCUGCCAUAUUGAUUAUUUGGAUACUGAUAUGAAUUUACCAUUAGGUUAUAGAGGCACUCUGAACUGUGUAAGCAUGAAGAUCACAGCUGGUUUUCCAUCCCACUGCACUGCUAGAAAUUGAGUGUAAU